CUACCAUUAAAAACCAUAAAAACCACCACUAUUUUCUAUCAACUAAACCUCACGAACCAAAUCACAACACCACCAUUUUUCAACACCUCCGACAAACCACCUCACAAAAUAAUAUAAGAAAAAAAAAAACCGAAACAGAACAAGAAAGAACAGAGAAGAAGAGAAAAAUCGUUUUUUCAUCUUCCCCGCUGCCGCCGCAAACCUCGCCGGACCUCUCACUCUCACGUAGCGAAUCCUGCUCUUUUGUCAACCCGUCAUAUUAGUCACCAUCGCUCCAACUGGUGUUUCAGAAUUUUGAGUUUCAUUACAAAUUUUCGUUCCCCAUGUGGCUUUGGCUUUUAUCUUUUUCAACUUUUGUGGUUCAAAUUCUACAGAAGCUGAAACAUUAUUCUAUAUGUGUAGUUAGAAACACUACUCCAAAUAGAGUCCUUUUGGGCUCCAAACAUCACAGAACGCUGAAACACUACUCCACAAAACAGGAUAUGAUGGAGACUCUAGAAGGAAACAACAUGACUAUGAUUCAUGAUGCCAUAGUUUUAAAAGAAGAAGCAAUAGUGCAUGAAAAUAUUCAUGAACAAAACAAUAUUACUAGUCUUACAAACCUCGCCAUCACGCAGUGCAUUGGCGAAACAGAUACCAAUUUGGAUGCAAUAAUUACUCGUUAUGCGGAUACUAUAAGUAAUUACAACUUGCGUAACUUAGGUUACCCUACAAAUCAAAACUUCAAUUAUAAUGCGUUUGCACCAUUGCUUAAUUUUCAUUUGAACAAUGCUGGAGAUCCAUUUCUUGGAAGCAGUUUCUCUCUAAAUUCAAUGACAUUUGAAGUUAGUGUGCUUGAUUGGUUUGCUAAACUAUGGGAGAUAGAAAAGAAUGAUUAUUGGGGAUACGUCACAACUGGUGGAACUGAAGGCAAUCUUCAUGGAAUUUUAGUAGGGAGAGAAAAUUUUCCAGGUGGAAUUCUAUAUACUUCAGAAGAUUCACAUUAUUCAAUACCGAAAAUAGCAAGAAUGUAUCGAAUGCAAUGUGUGAAGGUUGGUUCUUUGAUCUCUGGUGAAAUUGAUUGUGUUGAUCUAGAGGCUUCUCUACUUGCCAACAAGGACAAACCAGCAAUCAUCAAUCUAAACAUAGGGACGACUUUGAAAGGAGCUAUUGAUGAUAUUGAUCUUGUAAUACAAACACUUUACAAAUGUGGAUUUACUCGUGAUCGAUUCUACAUUCAUUGUGACGGUGCUCUAUUUGGUAUCAUGUUGCCUUUUAUCGAACAAGCUCCAAGGAUUAGCUUCAAGAAACCUAUCGACAGUGUAACUAUUUCGGGUCAUAAGUUUUUGGGAUGUCCUUCGCCUUGUGGUGUUUUGAUAACUCGUUUGAAAUACAUUGAUGCCCUCUCGAGCGAAUGUGGCAUCAUUGCUUCAAGGGAUGCUACAAUCACAGGCAGCCGAAGCGGGCAUUCUCCAAUAUUUCUUUGGUAUGCUCUCACAAAAAGGGGUUUAAUAGGACUUGAAAAUGAAGUGCAUAAUUGCUUAAUGAAAUCACGUUACUUAUUAAAUCUACUACGUGAUGCUGGAAUUGGUGCAAUGUUAAAUGAAUUUAGCAACGUAGUUGCAUUUGAGAAGCCCCAAGAUGAUCAAUUUACCCGUAGAUGGAAUUUGGCAAGCAAUGAAAAUAUUGCACAUGUGGUAGUAUUGCAACAUGUUACUAUUGAAAUGCUUGACAACUUUGUUGGUGAAUUUGUCCAAAAACGAUUGAUUUGCUCUAAAGAUGGACAAAAGUUUCAACCUCUAUGCAUUGCAAACGAUGUUGGUUCUAGGAAUUGUGCUUGUUCGAUGCAUAACGUUUUGAGAAAUAUUUAUUAGCUAAAAUGUAUGGGAUGUUAAUUAAUAAUUGGUUCAAUUAUUGGGCCAUUUAUAAUAUGAUUGUACUCGUUUGUAUUUAUUUGAUUGAUUUUUGUUCUUCAUUUUUUGAAGAAACCAAAAUAAUAUAUAUAUAUA